CAGACUCGGCUCAGGCGCGCGGCCAGCGGCGGUUGGCUGCUCGCGGGUCGGCGGGCGGUUGGCGAGAGCCGGACCUGAGCUGCAGCUGCUAGAACCGGCGCCAUGGUGGAGAAGGAGGAGGCUGGCGGCGGCAUCAGUGAGGAGGAGGCGGCGCAGUAUGAUCGGCAGAUCCGCCUGUGGGGAUUAGAGGCUCAGAAACGGCUGCGGGCCUCCCGGGUGCUUCUUGUUGGCAUGAAAGGACUCGGGGCUGAAAUUGCCAAGAAUCUCAUUCUGGCAGGAGUUAAAGGACUGACCAUGCUGGAUCAUGAACAGGUAUCUCCAGAAGAUCCCAGAGCUCAAUUCCUGAUUCGUACUGGGUCUGUUGGCCGAAAUAGGGCUGAAGCCUCUUUGGAGCGAGCCCAGAAUCUCAACCCCAUGGUGGAUGUGAAGGUGGACACUGAGGAUAUAGAGAAGAAACCUGAGUCAUUUUUCACUCAGUUUGAUGCUGUAUGCUUAACUUGCUGCUCUAGGGAUGUCAUAGUUAAAGUUGACCAGAUCUGCCACAAAAACAGCAUCAAGUUCUUCACAGGAGAUGUUUUUGGCUACCAUGGAUAUACAUUUGCCAAUCUUGGAGAGCAUGAAUUUGUAGAGGAGAAAACCAAAGUUGCCAAAGUUAGCCAAGGAGUAGAAGAUGGACCUGAUACCAAGAGAGCAAAACUUGAUUCAUCUGAGACAACUAUGGUCAAAAAGAAGGUGGUCUUCUGCCCUGUGAAAGAGGCACUGGAGGUGGACUGGAGCACUGAGAAAGCUAAGGCUGCCCUGAAGCGCACGACCUCUGAUUACUUUCUCUUGCAAGGUUACUAUGAGUUUAUCAUAACAGAAGUGCUAAAAAUAUCGGGUCUAGUAUGGAAACAGCGUUCACUGACCAGUGUGAACAAUAAUGUUAAUGGAGGUGGAGCCCAGAGCAGGAAGAAAUGGACUCAUUCCAAGAUGAGAGUGCUUCUGAAAUUCCGCACGGAUAAAGGAAGAGAUCCUAGUUCUGACACCUACGGGGAAGAUUCUGAGUUGCUGCUCCAGAUACGAAACGAUGUGCUUGACUCAUUGGGUGUUAAUCCUGAUUUGCUUCCCGACGACUUCGUCAGGUACUGCUUCUCCGAGAUGGCCCCAGUGUGUGCAGUGGUUGGAGGGAUCUUGGCACAGGAAAUUGUGAAGGCUCUGUCUCAGAGGGACCCUCCUCACAACAACUUCUUCUUUUUUGAUGGCAUGAAGGGAAAUGGGAUUGUGGAGUGUCUGGGUCCCAAGUGAGUCCAAGACUUGGCAGCCCCAGAGACAUUGACCGAAGCAUGCUCACAUGUAUUUCCCACCCCCUCCCUCCACAAAGGCAUCUCCGGAGCAGGGAAGAAUGGAGUCAUGGACUCCUACAGAGCAUCUCCUGCAGGCAGGGAGGUGUGCAGAUAUGCUGCUUCCAUUGCCAGCAGUUGCUGGGCAGGGGCACAGGGACUGGGCAUGUUCAUUCAGUACUAUUUGGAACUUUUGGCCACCACAGGCCUGCUUGCUGCCCACAGGGCUAUCACCUCAAACCACCCCUCUAACAUCUGUAUACUCAUCCUGUUAAAGCGCAGCCCAUCCUCUAGGGCAUUGUCGGAGAGCCUGCAGGAGCCUCAGGCCUGUGGAGCCUCCUGCCUCCUUCUUAGGCUUGUUCCCCAUCUGGUGUCAUAUGAGAGGGACACGGCUUCAGGUGGGGAAUGAGGCCCAGGCCCAGUGAUGACACUCAAGUGGAACCACAGUACCAAAUUCAGACAGGUGCCCUUAGAAAAAACACGACGGGCGGAAUGUACUUCCUCCAGAGUUUGAGAUCAUGAAAACAACAGGUGGCGUCUGGUGUGCAGUUCUUUAGUUUUAGUUUGGGAUUAGUCAAGUUCCAGCCUGGAUUGUGGAAGGGAAGAAAUAUUGCCAAGUUCUCUUUUAAGUUAAAUAUUAGUGGGAGAGCUUGUUUCAAAAAGGUAGAUUUAAGCUGGGCUUGAUGGCACAGGCCUGUAAUCCCUGCAGCUCAGGAGGCUGAGGCAGGAGAAUCUAAGUUCAAGGUUAGCCUCAGCAAUUUCACGAGGCCCCAUGUCAAAGUAAAAAAUAAAUAAAAAGGGUUCCAGUUAUAAUUCUGUGGUAGAGUGUCCCUGGGUUUAGUACCCAGUACUGUUUUUUAAAAAAUCAAAAAUUAAAAAAUAAGAAGGCAGAUACCUACCUGGGUCCCGGCAGAACUCCUAGUCUGGGGAGGAGGAUUCUGCCAUUGGCAGACCCCGUCACUGGUAUGCACAGACCCUUGUAUUUAAGGGCUGUAUCAGUCCUUCAUUUACCCCUGGAAUUGUAUCUAUUGCUGUUUUACAUAUUUUUUACAUGCUCCUUGGUUCUUUAAUAAGGAAAGAUAAUAAAGUUAUUUGCCUUAGGA